UUGGUCUGCCCGGGAAUCCACUUCCAUAAAGAGGAUCUGAGCAUUUUGCUGAGACAUCACAACCCACCAUAUAUACCGUAUUUCAUUUUUCACUGUGUGGCUUUGGCAGUGUCUCCUUUUCUUCCACCCAGUGUGUCUUGUCUUCUUCUUCUUCUUCUUCUUCCUGUCGACUGGUUGUGAACUGCAACAACCGCCGAGAUGUCUGAGAAAAAGCUGACGUCCAGCCGCAGGCAUCACCUCAAGAGCCUGAUCCUCCAGAUCGCUCAGAACUGGCUCGAGCAGGAGAAAAAGGAAACCGUCGCGGCUAAGGAGGCGUACAUGUCCGAGACCUGUCCCACUCCGGACCUGAGCGGAGACCAGAACGCCCUGAUGGAAUACUGCAAGAAGCUCCACGGCCUCAUCGACAAGAUCGACGAGGAACGGUACGACAUCGAGGCCAAAGUGCAGAAGGCCGACAAAGAGAUCGAGGACCUGAAGAUCAAGGUGGUGGAUCUGAUCGGCGUGAAGAAACCCGCUCUGAAGAAAGUUCGCAUGUCCGCCGACACCAUGCUGAAGGCUCUGCUGGGCUCCAAGCACACGGUCAACAUGGACCUGAGGUCCAACCUGAAGCAGGUCAAGAAGGAGGCGAAGGAGGAGCCGACAGAAGCCGUGGGCGACUGGCGUAAGAACAUUGAAGACAAGGCCGACAGGAAGAAGAUGUUCGAGACCUCCUAAACGUGUCGCCGCUCGUUUGUCUUUGUGUUUCCGUCACCGUGUCUUAAUAUGAAUGUGCUGGUUGAACCGGGUGGUUGUUGGGUCGCGGCAGGUUAGCGUGUCUGAGACGAGCCAGGCGAGUUGUUUUUUUCCUCUUGUCUUGUUUUUGGUGCUUCGUCUGGAGGAGGAGGACGAGGAGAAGCGGAGAGUUUCUGCAGGUUCACAUACAACAACAACAACAACUGAAGUCUUAAAAAUCCACACAGCAUUCAGACUCAACGUGUCCGUCCAAACAAUAAACUCAAAUGUGGAAGAAAAGAAAA